GACCGAUUGUACCUGAAUCUUGUAAAUAAAGGAAAAUGUGAUAGGUGUUUGUUUUUGUUGCUAAGCCAACUGUUCCCAUGACUCUACGUGUUCGAUUUAACUGUCAUUUGUUCCAGUUGCGGUGAAGUCUUUCAGAUGAACAGACGAAUCCAUACAAGAUUAAAGGACUAUUCUCUUGUAGCCGUUCCUCCUCCUCCCUCCAGAUUCACGCUACAGGAAUGGCACCUAAACAAUUUACUCCGAAACAGGAACUGCUACGACCAGCAAACUCUCGCCGACCGCGUUCUGGCCGAAAGCGACCGAAUCCGCGACCAGGUCGCUGAAAUCACGCUCCUGAACCGGCGCGAAGCCGACCACAAGCUCGACGAGAAGCUCAAAGACAUCCAGUUCAAUAUCGACGAGAUCCAAAAGCAGCGCAAAGAAGUCUGCAUCGAAAUCGACAACUUGACCACCUACAGCGAGCGCAUCCUCGACGCCAUGGAGUCCCUCAAAGAGCAGGCGCUGAAAAUCUGCAAGAAGUGCAUCAUCCUGCGCGAGGGGCGCAUCGGAAUCGACCUGUGCCAUGACCAAGUCGAAGUCGAGCUGCUCAAAGAGAUCGACGUCAUAGAAGGCGCCCAGAAGCUCCUCAAACGCACCCUCGAGCAGGCCAACGAGCAAAUCCGGCGCCUGCGCUCCACGAUCUACUUCAUGGACCGCGACCUGGAGGACAAGAGCAACGUCCUCAAAAUCGACGAGCACAACCGCGGCCUCAAAGAAACCAGCCUCAAUUUGAGCAUCUACCACGGCUUCGCGCCCCUCGACCCGGCGAACGUGACGGCGGAGGAGUGGCAACAGUUCACAACCACCAAUAUCGAGCGCGCGGCGAAGGAAAUCAACAGCGCGCGCCAACUGCGCUGUUACGUCGACACGCUCUUGAAACAAGUGAUUGAGGAUUUGAGGGACCAAUGGCAUGCCGUGAACGAGGCGUUCCGCGCGAGAAUUGAGGAGGUCAAGGAGGCGAAAACCAAACUCGAGACGCAACAUUUCGAAAUCACGCGACAGGCUAAUGAGAUGACACGUAACGUCACCCGAUUGGAGAAGGCUAUAGCGGAGAAGGAGGGGUUCAUGGCCUUGGCGCACACGAGACUGGGGAAUCGGGCGCAGAGGCCGGGGAUUGAGCUGUGCAAGGAUUUGGUCGAAACGUCGCUUGUGAACGAAGUGGGCGAGUUGAGGCUGAAUGUGGCCAAUUUGCAGCACAUGCUAGCCGAGGCGCAAGCGUCUUUGCGUUAUUUGCUUAAGACGCAAAUACAGCUGGAGGAGGACAUAAACGUCAAGACAAACACCCUCAAAAUCGACGAAGUUGAUUGUAUGACUUUACGUCAAGGCAUGGAUUACCACGCCUACUAAUAAAAACCCAAUUUCUGGCUUUGAAUUUUUUAUUUAGAGACAUUCAAAGCUGACAACUCACACAGCCUAAUUUUAGUUAGUUUUUAAUUCCUACUGGAAUGAUGGAUUAAUUGAAUCAUUAAGUACUGUAUUAGUCCACCAAACUACCACGUAAAAAAUUAAAUUAAUCAUAAUAAAUAAGUUACACAGAUCAGGCGGAAUGCGGCUGGUUAUCAGACCUGGAACGAAAAUACACUUUUGUGCACUUGA